GGCACAUGCUCGAUCUCCUUCGGGAGGUCAGCCGCUUGUCACCCACCGUCACCGCGCCGCUGAUUCUCCACUGCUGACUUCACGGUCGAGCAGCUCACGACGACCUUCACGAUACACGACUAGCUCCACGACAUAUUCUUAUCCACAACUGCCACUAUCCUUCCCCUAUGCGAUGUCCAACAUGUAUACUGGCCCUCCUCCUGCUGCGGUUCCCCCAAGUCUGGGCAUACACACCCGCGCCCAGAUGGGGACAGGCAGCGAUGGUCGUCAACGACGCGCUCUUCGUCCAUGGCGGCAAGAGCGACGAAUACAACCAGUACAGCUACUCCUCCGCCCCCACCAACUCUGAUCUCCUCUACCUCGAUCUCUCCUCCUCUUUCGACGUAAACGACCCCCCAUGGCAGCUCCUCAGCACCGAUGGCCCGCAGGUCGCCUGGCACACCCUUUCCGCGCUCAACUACUCCAUGGGGCUCUCCUUCGGUGGCCAGCCCGGCUGGACCUCCGAGCCCUCCCUCGUCACGCGCACCGACUCCGCCUGGCUGCUCGACGUCUACAACCGCACCAGCCUCCAAUGGGAUCAGGAACCCACCGGCUGGGCCGACGAGCCCAUGCGCCGCAUGCGCCACACGGCCGUCACCUCGCAAGAGGGCAAGGUCUACAUCAUCGGCGGCGAGCGCGCGGACGGCUCGGGCAACACCUUUGCCGACAACUACGUCUUCGAUCCCAGCAUACCCUCCUUCACCACCCUCCCCACCGAUAAUGCCCCCCGCAAUAUUUACGGCCACGCCUCCGUCAUCCUCCCGAACCAGCACAUCCUCGUCUUCGGGGGCUAUGCCUCGUCCUCGCUAGUCGACUUCAAUACGAUCUGGGUACUCGAUAUUACGCAGGAUCCGCCGGUGUGGUCUACCACCACCGUCGAUGGAUCAUCAGCACCGAGCGGGCGCAUAGCCUUCGCAUACGUGCUCCUCGACGGCCCGAAGGUCCUCAUCCACGGCGGCAGCGACGAGUCCGGUCAGACCACCAUGUCCGACGGCUGGAUCCUCGAUCUCUCAGGGGACUCAUGGACGUGGACUCAGGUAGACUCCCUAAGCAACCUCGGUGCCCGGCGCGACCACUUCGCCGUCUCCGCGGGGUCUGGCGUCAUCUUCGGCUUCGGCUAUAGCGAUAGCGGCCCCAUCAGCGAGUCCCCUGUCCAAGUCUACGACCCCCCCAGCGGCAACGUUGGCUCCUCAUACUCCCCUCCCUCCUCCUCGUACACGCAGACGGCGUCCGCUACCAUUCCCGUAGCCACUCAGACCGGGAACAACGGCGGGACUGACGCGGGCACAGCCACGGGUGGGGGCGGGGGUACUGGCACGAACACCGGCGUCCACCCUACAUCCACCGCGGGAGGAGGCGAUGACGACAAUGGCACAGGGAAUGGCGAUGGGAGUGGUUCGGGGAAUGGCAAUGGCAACGGCGAUGGUCUUCCAGGGGAUGGAACCGGCGAAGACGGCGGGAAUAAGAAGAAGACCACCGCUAUCGCCGUGGGCACCAUUCUGGGCUUCCUCCUGUGCGCGGCUGCAAUCAUAGUCGUCGUCUGGGUGUGGCGGCACCAGAGGCAGAAUGCGCAGUUUAGGCGGCUGAGCGACAAUGACGACGGGGAUGGUGCCAGACUCGUGGAUGCGGAUAACGCGCGCCUAUUUGGUACGGCUAACGCACGGCUCUUCGACACGGCCUCGAACGCGGACAGUGUCAGCCCCACCACGCCACGCAACAUCCCCAUCGCGGGCGGCUUCAUCGAGAAGGGCUCCCCCCGACAACGCGGCGGGCACGCCAGUGGUAUCCUUGCAUCCCCCGGCGUCGCGAGCGUCCUCGGCGCGCUCGGCCUGGCCGGCAUCUUGGGCGCCGUCCAGCGCGCGCACAGCCCGAAGCGGGAGCGGAGGGACAUGCUCGCGGACGAGGACACGCGCGACUUCUCGGAGUGGUACCGGAGUGCGUACGGCAGCAACUACGAGUUGGGCGGCGGGCCCGGCAACGGGAGCGCCUAUGGAGCCGGCAAUGGCUCUUCGUGGUCCCUGCGCACGCUGUUUGGUGGCCGGAUGCGGCGCGAGGCGAGCGGCUUCAGUUCGAUCUCGACGGUGACGGCUCGGGGGGAGAAGGGGGGCGACCGCGAUCCAUUUGGAGAUGGCGCGUCGUUGUUGCGCGACGAGGAGACAGGCUUCGUUGGUGCAGCUGCGCCGGGUGUUGCCGGUGCGGUCGCGGCGGCGGGGCUCAGGCCGCCGCACUCACGGCAGACAACGGAGAACUCGCGGCAAACGACGGACCAGCCUCGACACGCGCACACGCCGAUGGGCUCGGUGGCUUCGUUUGGCGAGUCGAUCUACGUCGACCCAUUCGCAGACCCCGGCAGUCUCAGCGCGACGGUGCACGAGGGGUACGCGGGGUAUGGUGCCGAGAAGGACGUGGCGGACGAGGAUGCAAAGUUGCUACCACCGCGUCUGUUGCCGCCUCCGGGCGCGCUGUACACGAACCUGCCCAUGGCUUACCAGGCACACACCCUCAGCCCGCUCAGCGAGACCGCCUCUCGGAAUACGCCGUCCCUCGAUCGGUCUUCCUCGUCCCACGAACACGGCAUGGCGCCCUACGAUACCGCUUCAUCAAGAUUGUCGUCGUCCUCGUAUAGCCAUCUGGGCUCCCCGCGUGCGACGUCGAUAAUCAAUGCGAAUCCGCCGCCGUCGCAGCCGCUGCGGCGGAGCGAUACGUGGUGGGCGAGGUUUGCACGGACGCCGUUGCUAGAUCGGAGGGGGAGUAUCGCGUCGCGGCGCAAUACGGCUGUGCUUGAAGAUAUUCGCGACCCCAAUCCGCCGCCCCGUCUCGUCGCUAUCGAGGAGUCACAGCACUCUACCAGUCCGCCGGACGAGUCGCCGCCUUCGCAUCGUGGCGGGUCCAAAGGGAGCCGCGGUGACAGUAAAGGAAGUCGCGGAGGCAGCAAGGGGAGCAAGAGCAGCGCGGCGGGCGUGCGUCGGCUGUAUGGCUCGCACGGCAAGUCUGCGAGCUCGCUGCACACGCAGGGCACGCUGGACAGCGCGGCGAUCGAGCAUAUGGGCAUGAUGGACGUGGCGCAGCGCGUGCGGACGGGGAGCCACCAGACGCGGGACAGCUCGCUGAGCUACGACACGGAGGACGGGGCAUCGCUCGCGGAGGAUGGACGGUGGCUGGCAAAUCGAGGCGAGCAAGAUGCGGAGGUGAUCGCGUCGCCGACCGCCCUCAAUGCUCCGCCCAACAUAAGCACCUCUCCGCCCAUGAUCACCUCACCAACGGCGGUCACUUCUCCCAUAGCCAUGGCCGCCGCCAUCCGAAGUCCCUCUCCCAUCUCCCUCCCCCCAUCCAUGACGACCAAGUCCGGCUCCAACGGCUCUGGUGACUCGUCCUUCCCGCCCCCGCCUCCCCCGCCUCCCCCGCCUAAGCGAAGUAGUGGCGGCGGUGGCGGCGUCGCAGCGCGCGUGCGCGACUACGAGCGCCGGAUGUCGCAGGCCGCCGACUUCCCCCCGCCGCCAACGAACACGCGGGCGAGGGAGGAGCGCUCGAAGCCGCCGGCGGUCGACUAUGGGCUCGUCCCGAGGCGGUCGCUGUUCGUGGCAAAUCCGGACCAUGGGAAGAAGGGUUCAGGCGAUUCGUGA